AUGAAUCCCGAAGAGCAUUUCAUCGUUGAUCCUGACGUUUACGAAGUCUUCCGUGACGCUGUUGCCAGAGGCAAAAUAUUGGAGGCCCAAUUUGAGCAAAAGCUUCAAGUAUACUCACAAAAAUAUCCAGAUCCUACAGCAGAAUUCAAGCUCAGAAUCGAGGGAAACAUGGUAGAUGACUGGCGUAAGUAUAUCCCAAGACGAGAAGAUUUUCCAAAGGACAAAUUUCAAAGUCGCGAAUCGGCCUCAGUUAUCUUUGCUGCUCUGGCGGAGAGACUAAAUACAUUUAAGGUGGGCACUGCAGAUGUGAGGCCAUCGAUCAAUAUGUCAUGGGAGGGCCAUGUGUCUUUCCAGCAUCCCAACCUUGAGACUGUUUGUGGGUUGUCAGGUGAUUAUACAGGACGAUAUUUGCAUUGCGGAAUCAGAGAGCACGCCAUGACAUCAAUCGCAAACGGUUUGACUGCAUUCAAUCCCGGAACAAUAAUUCCAGUUACGUCGGGCUUCUUCCUGUUCUAUAUCUACAGUGCAGCAGGCAUACGAAUGGGCGCCAUACAGGGGCUUCAAGCUAUCCACCUUGCGACCCAUGACUCUAUAGCUAUAGGCGACGACGGACCGGCGCACCAGCCGGUUGAGCUCUCUGCUUUGUUUCAGGCAUAUGUUGUCAACGGGUGGGAGCGAUAUGCAGAUGCCGGCCAUUCAAUGAAUUCUUUUGGGAAAGCGCUGCCGGCAAACACAGAGAUUUACAAAUUCUUCAACUUUGAUACCGAAGUAAUCGCUGCAAAGGUACAGGCUUUCGUCGACGAGGUCAGCGUAGUUGGUCUAGAAGCGCUUCGUGGUAAUUUCAGGGACCUAAAAGGAGGAAGAAUGGGGUAUGGUUGGAAUCCUCUCUAG